ACGGUUCGAUAAAAAUCAGUCGUCGCUCGGUGGCUGGCUUCGUUUGAUCGGGGGCCGUUUCGUGGCCGUGCGUUUUCUUUUUUUCCCCCUCUUGGACGAUAAACGGUGUAUCGUGAACAGCGACUACUUUUGCAUUGCGAUCCUCCACAAUCCCGCGAUUCCCGGCGCGUCACGGUCCCCGGAAUCCGGAGUAAGACGGUGAGUAGCGACCGAUCUGUCGACGGAGUGGAAUCCCGUUGGUAAACGGCGUCUUCUCGGCGUUUGCCUCCCGCGAGGGAUCAGCUGGUCCGCGUUGCCACGGAGUAGCGACUCGGCGCGUGUCCUUGCGCGCGAUCCACCUGCCGCGGGACCGGGCGAGAUCCAGUCGGCCGGCGGGUCGAGAACCAAGCGUGGAAUGAUAAAUGGUAGCCACCAGCAGCAUGGUAUAUGAGGAGAUAGUCGGUAUACGGGGCAGCUGACCCCAGCCACCGCGCACGCUUUUCACGCGCGAGAUGCCCCACAAUCUAAACUCAGCUUCCGCCAACUCCGCUAACACGGGACCGAAUCAUCAAGCCUAUCCCCAACAGUCGUACCAUCGAGAGAAUGCAGAUGGACUCCAGCCCGAGAAGGAACCGGUGGAAUUCGACACGUCGCAUCUGCGAGGUGCUCCAGCGGAGGUCGAGGCGUUGGUACACAACAUCAAGGAAGUUGCCCAGCAAUUCCUCUAUCACUGGCGAACGUUUCCCAUCAUCCUGCCUCCGUCGUUGUCCUCGUGCACGGAGGGCGAGGAUACGUUGGCGCGAAAAAAGUACCACCUGAGGGAUCUUUUCGUGGCACCCAGCUUCGACGAGCUGGACGCUGUGGCCGUGGACAGCAAGGGCGAGCCCAGAAGAUUGACCAACAAGCAAUUGGAGAGCAUCAGGGAGCGAGGCUUACACAAGGAUAAAUAUGGAAAGCCGAAGAAGCUGAAUGCCACUCAGUUGGAGAGCAUUCGAAGAUGCGGAGAGUUCGAAGUGGAUUCGAUCAACUUCGCCGGGCAGACUCACCGAUGGCGAUUGAGCGGUCUUCUGCAGCGCGGUCGAGACAGACGGCGGGACGCGUUGCUCACAGAUCUCGCCCUGGCAACUAGGUUUCUCGUUGUAACGGCAAAGGCUAGAUUAGUUUCCCAUUGCUUCAGUGUCUCGCAAUCCCUUAAAGCAUUGUUAACGGGGCUGUUGCGACUUCUCGACAUAAUAAUCGGCGUACCAUCGCUCCAGGCACACAAUCUAGAUGCUAAAAUUAGGGAGGAGCGCUGCCGAUAUCUAGUGGCGGAAUUAGUUUGUAGGCCGGAAUAUGAUGAUUCUCUGGAGCUCCUGUGUGGAUUUAUACGAAAACAGCUUCGUCGGGCGACCACGGAAAAGUUCGAGGUUGAAAGAGAAUCGUCCCAACUGUUACCCGUUUCAGUUCCAUUCGUAUUUGGAACACCUGGGGGGGCUGCGGUUGAUCUCAGAUUGUUCAGCAGAGACGUAAUUAGAAAAGCUCUGCCGACGCUCGUGACGAUUCUGGAGAGAGAGACAAGAGGCUGGUUCCUUCACUUUAGAGAAAGACUGAUAUCUGAAUUGAGAGCACAAAAAAAGCCAGAUGAGGAAAUAGAACGAGAAGUCAACGAAGCGGUGAUGCGCGAAUAUUUGCAAAGAGUAUAUUCGAAUAUCAUGUCGCAUCCUGACAUACUCGCGCUAGGCGAGGGUAUCGCUCAGUUGCUAGUUCAACAGGCGCAGUCAGUCGUGUUGAUGCACCGAGCGGUGGAGAACGUACAACGGAAGCUAUCGCAAACCAAAGAAUCUCUUCGACGUCGUAUCGAGAGCGAGCAUCCGAUCUUGUCGCGGAUAGAACCAUGGAUGCGCGAUCGCAUGCGCGAGGCCGAGGAAAAUUUUAUUGAGGAGUGCGAAUGGAGCGCCCAUGAAGAAGCUUACGCACUUUGCAGCCAACAAAAUCUAACCCAAACCGUUUACUUUCUUAAUCGUGAUUUGACUUUCAUGAAAGAGAGAGAGCCAGUUCUCCUGAAAGAACUGCGGAAGGUAAAAACCCCGACGAGGACUUUUCAAUGGCCAGCGCAAAUCUGGCUACCGAAUAAUUGGAUAAUAAGACGCAAUUUUCAAGGUCAGUCCGAAAUCAUUCCAACAGUACUGAGCAAUACUCCGACUUCCAUCACUACGCCUCGCGCUGAUCCCAGCCAGCCUGUCUUUUUGGUUGAAAGAGAAAUUGUACACACAACUACGACAAGGUGGCCGAUGUGGCGUUGGAUAAAUUACAUCGCCAGGACAUGGUGUUGGACUUGGAAUGCAAUGUUUCUGUUGGGUGUAGCUGUACCGUGGUGUAGUCCAGUGUCUUUUCGCGCUUUACUGUUAGUACAACCGUUUACUCCCGACUUGGAAUUGAGUCAACUAAAUGGAACAUUGUUCCCGAGAAAGUCGUCGCAAAUGCCUACUCUUUGUUCCCGACUAAUAGCACUAUGGAGGCAUAUCAGUAAAAGUCGAACACAUUUUGAAACUGAACCAGACACUGGAUUCAUCGGCAAAGGUAUGACCAGACAUCUAAAUAGGUUAUGGAACUACGGUGCAAAGGGUCUAUUAGGGACACUCAUCAUUCUGUUCGUGUUUCCUGUGGUGUGCGUUCUAGCGAGCAUCAGUUCGUUGAUUAUCGCUCUCACUGCGGUCUUAUGGAUGCCUCUGGUUACGUUGACGCUGCAUGCAUUCAUGGCGCUCAUAAUGGAUCUGGACAGUCCUGAGCAGAGCCGCAAUCGAUAUUUUGUGGUGAUGGAAGCAUUAAUCUGGAACAUUGGUAUUCAAGGCUGUCUGCAACCGAUAGCGGCGCUAUUCGUAGCCUUUAUCCUAUGCCCAGUCAUUUCGUUCGUGAUACUUACAAUUGCUGUGAUACGUUACUGGGUCAGAGUAUUUUGGGAUACGGCUAUGUUCCAUCUAGUGAUAAAAAAUAGAGGUCGGAUACCAGCGAGUGACAGUUUUGUUGUAAAGAGAAUAGCCGGACCGGGACUAGCUUCGGAUUAUUUUUAUCAAGUAAGAGCGGAGCAAGCAUUAGCCGCGUUUGAAGCAAAAUUAGAGCUGGAUGAAUUGCUGGCUUUCCAACAAGAGACUGAGAGAUUAAUCACUCAACCGCAGAGAGAUUUUACUCAGUUUGUCGAAGCCUGUUUCGGCCCGUUCGCCGCUAGUCUCGCCAAGAUAAAAGAUCCGUACAAAUCACUCGAGAAAGAAGCCAAAGAUCUAAUCGCCGUACUGCACGAGAAGCUGGAUCGACGAAGAAAAAAUUUGCAAACUGGUCUCGGUGUCGCGGUGAGGAGUAAGAUAAAAUUAACCACUUUUGAUUUAAAGGUAGUCAUUCAGCAAGGUGCGUUGAUGCUGGAACGUCUUUAUCCCACUCACGUUUUCGCGAGAUUGUCUGGUAACGAGGAGGACUUUUGGGAAAAUAAAGGUUUAGGGGUAUGCGAUUGGGCGGGCUUGGCAGGGCUUAUGUAUGCCGAUAUCUUCAGUCUGGAUUUCCUACAGCCGCUCGACGACUCCGACACAAAAUUCAGAUUAGAACCGCAUCCGGGAGUCGAUUUGUCACGGUACACAGACAUGGUACAUAGUACUGAACUUGGUGGCAUUAACGGACCCGAUUUACUCGGCGCCGUUUACGCACCACGCGGAAAUAUCCAAGUGCACAGUCCGUAUCUCGAGGUGUCUGCCUUCAAUCCGAGAGCUAAGCAAGCUAGCAACAGCAGGAAGUCCGACAAGCGAUGUGAUACUAGUGGUCUGUUGACGUCGACGAAAAUCCGGAGACGCACAAUGACGAAUGAGAAGAAUUCGGAGGGACGGUGGCAGCCGUGGAAACGCCAGAUUCAAACGUACAGUGCAGAGAAACUAGUGAUCCCUCUGCCGAUUCCGCAUCCGGCUCACAUAGCGGUGACCAUACACAAUCGCGAUUCGGAGGAUCCGAUACCACUCGACUCGGAGCUGUGUCAGAACAUUCUGCGGGCCAUCGAGGAAUCGCCCGGCGAAAUGGCUACGGAAUACGUAGGUCGGUAUAGAGGUGGCGGCGGCGAUUCCAGUUUUGAUUCCGUCGCGUCGCAAUCGUCCGUCUCGAUCGACACCGGUCUAGACAAGGAGAACGAGACGACGCAGGAGACCGCUGCGGCGAACGUUGAGAGAGAGGGCGAGACCUAUCAUUGGACCUUGUCGAAUUGGGGCGGUGGCAUAACGCGAAGACGGAACAAUUCCGGAUCCAUAAAGGUCGACCUAGCGUCACCGGAGGACGUCACCCUCGACACAGAUACCACCAGAGUGAUGUUCAGCACGUACGGAACAACCGUCUAAAUUAAGUCCGCCGUUACACGCGCCGAAUAAAACGGUUAUCUCGUCGUCGCGUUUAUAGAUGACGUUAAAGAAAAGGAAAAUAGAACAAGAGAAAAGUUGCGCAACUUUAGCGAACCUGAUCUUAGAGAAGAGCCUUUUAUUCCUUGGAUUUGUCAUCCAAGAUAACGCGAUAACGCAAUAUUAAAUACUCGCAUUAUCCAUUCUCAGCUAGAAAUAAGAUGGAUCAAUCAGUAUACAGAUUAUGCGUUGGCCGACGAAUUUACAAUCCUAAUCAAAAGUAUGAAUUUGAAGGGUUCGAAGAAGCAUAUUUACGGAUUCAAUUUCUGUAUAAAUAUGUGCAUUUAAUAGAAUAAUUCCUAGUGAAUUACAAUUAUUUGUAUUGUCACAAAAUUUAAUCACGCGAUUCUAUUAUAUUCAAAUUUUAUCUGAAGAUUCGUUAGGCAGAUAAUAUUCGCCGAAGUUAUCUCUUCGAUACUGAAGCUCAUAUGCGAAACUUGGAUUAUUGGAUGAAUACCGAUUUAACGAGGAUUAUUGCGCGAUCGAUUGCAAAGAUCUGAGAUUUCAUUAUUAUCGAAAUCGCGAUUUUUAAGAAUAUUAUAGGAAAGGAUUUAUAUAUAUAUAUAUAUAUAUAUAUAUAUAUAUAUAUAGAGAGAGAGAGAGAGAGAGAGAGAGAGAGAGAGAGAGAGAGAAAGAGACAGAGACAGACAAAGGAUAUUUCAGAUUUUAGCGCAGCAGACAAAAUUAGACCAGAUUUCUCUCUUUAAUAUUACGUUGAUUAAAGAAAUGCGAGACAUUCAUAUUGAUAUACUGUAUAUAGAUAGUUAAUUGUAUAAAAAUAAACUUGUUAAUGUAAUAUUAUUCCGGAUACACAAUUUCUGUUAUUUACGAUGAAGACUAAGUGCGGCAACAGGCCGCAACAAGAGAAUAUAUGCUUGCGAUCGUUCAAUUGUUUAACAUUUAACAUAACGUAUACCGCUAUUAUAAGCGUGCGCUUGCCGGCGAUUGUGUCACCCGAGUCGAUUGCGGAAUCGAAGAAAAUUUCCGUCGCGGAGCGUUAGUUCGAACGAUUACAUCAAGUUCGACGAUGUACAGCAUAGGUCGAUAAAAACGUCUAAUCUAUUCGAUGCGUCCCGGGAAGAUAUGUUAAUGUUCUUCCAGCGUCUGUCUAUUUCAGUGUACAUUUUAUUUUACUAAUAAAAACCGCAAUAGAUGUUAGUACGGAAUCGGAGAUCGACUCCGAACGGCGGCGUGUCGUGCAACGGAACGUGACGGGACGGAGGGAAGCGAGAAUCGAAUGUAUCAACGAGAACCUGUGUGUAGAUAUCGUACGAGGUAGCAAGGAUACGGCGACGCAACGCUGACUAACACCAACGCUAUUCAGACUUAAUAAAAUUUACUGUAAUACAAAAUGCGUUUCCUCAGCCCUCGAUUUCGCUCCCGCCGUCGUAGAAUUGAAUCUGCGAAUCACGAGUCGCCGAAAGUCGUUAAGAAAAUCAUUUUUAAAUUGUCAAUUUUGAUGAGCAUUUGAUAAAAAGUUGAGAUAAACUA